CACGACAGCAAGCUCGCUAGCACGAACAUCCGCCGAGAAGUCCCCGCACCCAUUCUUUCUUUACGAUCCGUAUCACAACUCAAUAGACUGCUGUUUUGUUGAGACUUGAGAGUAGUCAGUUUCUACGACAACACGCCACAUGGUGACUGGUCAGAUCGAAGCGAGUCUAUGGCUACAGGUCUUCUUAUUCUCCAUAUAUUCGUCGACACUGAUCUGUCACCAGUUGUACCGGACAUACUGUGUAGGGAGGUUGCAACUUGCAAGAUAUAUAGUCGAACAAGUAAUGAUAUACCGUAAACAAUUCGUUCUAAUUCCACGUAGAGUGGACUGAAAUAUGCCCCGAUAAUGCAGAAUCAAUGUUCGGAUCUGAUCUGAUAUCCU